UAUUUAGGACAUGGUUGGUUGACAGUUCAUGCAAAUUUGGUCAAAAAGGCUGAUUUUUGAGUCAUAUUCUAUUUUGGUACGUUAAUGACCUGAGUCAUGAAGUUGGCUUUCACAGUUCUCUUUAGCAGUAAGUCAAUCAGAGGUGCUGUCGCCAUAGUUUUAUCCCAGUGGGAGGAAACAUUCCAGAUUUUUAGAAUCAAAUUUUAAAUCAGGCUUCAAAUCAGUUUUGACUUUUGUGUUCAUGCAAGGUUUAAUAUGUGUGCAAGUUAAUAUUACUAAUAUUUGAAGAAAAAAGUCUCUGGUCCUGAGAUUUCUGAAGUAAAAUUGACCAUGAUGCAUCAUUUGCAGUUCUUAACUGAUGCACAUACAGGAAUCAUCCAUGUGAAUUCCUCUCGGUUAGCUGAAUAUGUGUAGCCUACCGUCUCUCAAAAUAAUGUCAGGAAAUGACACACACACAUAUACACAUGAACUUGUGGUGAUGCAACUAAGGCCAAGGCAAAAUAAUGUCAACUCAUGUGUGAAUGUAUGCUAAUUUAGCACAGAUGCAGAAAAUAAAUCACAUAAAAAGAGUCAGUGGCAGAAGCUUGGCGAGCUGACAUGAUGAAAAAACCUACAAAAAAGACAAUAGUUUUAUUAAUGCUUUUAUUUUAGUAACCCUUUUAUCAGUGUUGCUUGGGAAGGCAUAUGCUACAUUAAACCUUCAAUCUUAAAAAUGUAAUUAUUUGUAUAGUAGGCUAGGCUAUGUUUGCUAAAAACACAUUAAUAGCUAAGCUGUUAAACGGAGGGAAUCUAUCUAUCCCCCCACACAUUUCAGCUAAAUGAUUCGUUUUAAUGAUUAAAUUCAUUGGUGUGAACACUCCCGCGCGGCAGGUAAUUAAUAAAAUCAAUAUUUAGCUUGUUUAUCUUUACGAAUUUGUUUCCAUAUCCAUCCACUUCAACGAAAGUCCUUACAGCCGAGUGGUAUACCAACGCUUUGAGAAUCGAUUCGUUCACUGUUCAAAAGAACCGACUCGCAUGUGAAUCACUCCUGUACUUACGCUCAGAGCGCACACAUGAAUUACCAGAGUGACGGGAGGAUGUUUGGAUUAUAAUACACAUCUUUAUCCGAAGCAGAACAAUAUAACGGCAAAGAAAACGACGAGUGUGGAUAUACGAGGGGCUUUUGGGUUUUUUUUUUUUAUUCUACAGGUCUUUUAUUAAUGAAUAUUUAAUGGCUUGGAAAUGGAGAUAGCUUUGGUGAGUUUUGAGAAGCGGGGAGAUGGAGGCAAUGAUGGAGAAACCUACCAAAACCAAAACUCACUGGAUCAUCCACGCUUGGUCCACAACAAAGAAUUAUACUCGAGAAGUCCACAACAGAGCUCAUGGAAAAUGAACGACAUGAAUAACACAAUGAUGGGCUCCACUGAGAAUACGGUGGAUUAUUACAGUCCCCAUUUGUUUGAUGAGGACAUUUUGGACAUGGAUAUGGACCAUGAGAACAACGAACGGGUUCUUAUUAAUAUCGCCGGGCUGAGGUUCGAGACCCAGCUGGGCACUCUGAACCAGUUUCCCGACACUUUACUGGGAGACCCUGACAAGAGAAUAAAGUAUUUCGACCCUCUCAGGAAUGAGUAUUUCUUUGAUCGCAACAGACCGAGUUUUGACGGAAUUCUUUAUUUCUAUCAGUCGGGCGGGAAAAUCCGACGACCUGUUAACGUGUCUAUCGACGUGUUUGCCGAUGAAAUUCGCUUUUAUCAGCUGGGAGAAGAAGCGAUGGACCGUUUCCGCGAGGACGAGGGCUUUAUCAAAGAAGAAGAGAAACCGUUGCCACAGAAUGAGUUUCAGAAACAGGUAUGGCUCAUUUUUGAGUACCCUGAAAGCUCUAGUCCUGCGCGAGGCAUCGCUAUAGUCUCCGUCAUCGUCAUCACCAUUUCCAUCAUAACUUUUUGUCUGGAAACUUUACCCGAGUUUCGCGACGAGCGAGAGCUUCCAGUGACUAGUCGCGCGAUCAAUGGUACUCAAGAGCGCCCGUCGCUCACCUUCACCGACCCGUUCUUCAUCGUUGAAACCACCUGCGUGAUUUGGUUCACCUUUGAGCUCUUUGUGCGCUUCUUUGCAUGUCCCAGUAAGUCUGAAUUCUCCAAAACCAUCAUGAACAUCAUUGACAUCAUGUCCAUCAUGCCUUACUUCAUCACACUGUGCACAGAGCUGGCGGAGCAGCAGGGUCAGGAGCACAACAAUGGCCAGCAGGCCAUGUCACUGGCCAUACUGAGGGUCAUUCGUUUGGUUCGGGUGUUUCGCAUAUUUAAGCUCUCUAGACACUCCAAGGGGCUUCAGAUUUUGGGUCAGACUCUGAAAGCCAGCAUGCGAGAGCUGGGCCUCUUGAUCUUCUUUCUUUUCAUUGGUGUCAUAUUGUUCUCCAGUGCUGUCUUCUUUGCUGAGGCAGAUGAACCUGAGUCUCACUUCUCCAGCAUCCCAGAUGCCUUCUGGUGGGCGGUGGUGACCAUGACAACAGUUGGGUAUGGUGAUAUGAGACCGAUUACGGUGGGGGGCAAAAUUGUGGGCUCCCUCUGUGCCAUUGCAGGGGUGUUGACCAUUGCACUACCGGUGCCCGUCAUCGUGUCUAACUUCAACUAUUUCUACCACAGAGAAACUGACCAAGAUCAGGCAUCUCUCAGAGACGAGCCUACUAAUGUUGGCACUUCAAACCCUUGCGAUGAACUUCACGGGCUGAGGAAAUCAUCAACCUCCAACUCAAGAGAUACAGAACACAAUGAAGAAACAAACAUGCCUGUUGAAAAGACUAACAUGAAAGCUAACAGCAGAAUGGAUAUUAAACGCUCCCUUUAUACAUUUUGCUUGGAUGCUAGAGAAACAGAUCUCUAGUUCGUCCAUCACCACCCCAUUGCCCGUCAUUGUUUCCAACUUAAGCUAUUUUUAUCUCAGGGAUACUGACCAGGAGCAAAGCAUCUCUCAGAGAAGAGCCUGGCAGUGGCCCUUCAAGCUCAUGUGAUGAACUUCAUGUGUUGAAGAAAUCUUCAAUAUAUGGAGAAUACAGUGAGGAAUCAAACAUGUUUGAGACGACUAACAUGAUAAACUGGAUAUUGGACAAACCUCUAGUCCAUCCAUCUCCUGCAGGCUAUGUUAAUGCACCCAAAGUCUGUACAAUCCAAGGAUCAUCGCACUGCUAAAAUCCUGUAAAGUUGCAGUUAUUUUUUUAAAGUACAUUCUAAUCUGUUGAUCUCUUGGGCAUCAACAGCUUUUGAGUGAUUUCUUAUCCAGAAUAGAACACAAAAUAAUGAUUAAUUAAAUAAGUAAAAUAUUAAGAACUUGCUGGGAUGCUUUGAAAUUCGAUCACAGGCCUUAACUCUUUCAACCAAUCUAUUGUAUAGUUGACUCCCAACUUAAGUGAAAAGCCAAAAUAGGUUUUCUUCUUUGAAAGCAUAUUUAAAAUAAUGCAUGUACAUAGUUUUUUGUAAAAUAAUUGUUAGGGUCUUGUUCAAUACCACUUUUAUUGUUAGUCUAAAACAGUUUAUGUGAAGUUUGUGGCUAUCAGUAACUUUUAUCAGUAACUUAUUUUUUCAUUGGCGUAUGAAAUUUAAGAAGCACUUCGUGGGAAAGGACAACUUUAAUGUGUUUUGCCACUGGAUUCACAACGAUGAAGCCUUUUCGACUUUUCAUUUCCCCUGAAGUUUAUGUAAGACUGUGUACAGGAGAGAGAAACCACAACAAACGACUGAACCAUGAUAAUCCAUUGAAUCCAGAGGAGAACUUGAAGAAAAUCCAGUGAUCCGUUCUCAUAUAAGUGAUUCUGCUUGUUAUCAUCAGGUGUCUUCAAUGUUGGCAAUAAAAAAAAGAGUGACAUCUGUCUAUUAUUCAGAUCCCAGAAGAGGAGCCAUAAUCAUGACAACAGAUUCUUCAGACUCUCUAAACACCUCUGCAGAAAACCUGUGCCUUUGAUCAAACCCUGUGAAUCAAUCGUUUUCUGGACAUUUAUGGGACCAACAUAUGAUUACUGAUACUCUACUCCUGACAGACACUUUUUUGAACUGAACAGGUGACAUGUAAAGCCAUUGAGUCCAACAAAUCUGUGUAGAACAUAAAUCAUAUUAGAGGAAAUCCUAUGUGCAAUAUUAGUCUAUUUUAGAGUGAAGUUCAUUUCUAAGUAGAUUUUGGAUGACUAUGUUCAGUUGGUUUAUUUUUGUAAAGCUUUUUCCUGAUGUAUAUUUUUCUAAAAUAAUAAUAUUCUCCAACAGAGGACACACUUCUGAACACCUUUAGAUAAAAUAGUGUUAGGCAAAGAAAAUGCCUCUUUUCUUAAACAGGGGAAAAGCCAUAGUACCUCUCAUCAACAACAGUGAUCAUGUUUAGAAUGGCAUUUGCUGAAUUUGUGUCACCCUUACAUAUGUGUGCCCUAUAAUUUGAUUUGCUGUAUAUUUGAGUGAUUUAUUAAUAAGAAUAAUCUAAAAAAACAUAAUUUGAAAAGUUAUAUAAUUCAUUUACUUUAUUUUGGAUUAUCUUCUUCAAAUUAUUUUUGCAAAUGUGGAGAAGAUAUUUGGAUCCGAUGUUUAUUUAGUAAAAGAAUUAUCGUGAUUUUGAUAAUUAUGAUUAUCAUGUUUCAAAUUGACAAGCUUUUAUUGAUUUUCUUAAUGUGUGCUUUUUGUGUUUGGAUUUCAAAAUGCACAUGAUGAAAUAUCUGCAUUUCAUUUGAUUUUAUUUGUUUAUCUGGUCUAAAUGAAGAAACAAGAACAUAGUGUUUUAUAUUGUACUACACUAGCAAAUCAAAAUAUUUCACUUUGCUGUUGUUAACAAGUGUUGAGUCUAAUAGAAAACCCUUACAUAUACAUAUACCACAAAUAUGCAACCUUUUCUCCCAAAACCAUUUGUGCUUCACAUCAUUACCUUCAGUGACAGACAUUUUGAUGACAAAUUGAUGAGGGAGCUCUGAUUUUUAUUACUUAUCGAUAAUAAUAAUAGUAAUAGAAUGUUUAGAGAAUAUAUGAAUUAAGUUGAAUUAUAUGUUUCAACUGUAAAAUAAAUAAAGUCAUGCAAGCUUGCCUAAUGCUGAAGUUACAGCAAAAAAACGUCAACUAUGUUACUCAGUAUAUUAAUUAUAGGUAUAGAUCACUAUAUAUUUUAUUGUCAUUCAUUCAGUGUUGCGGAACAAAAUAUAUCUUUAAGCUACAAAUUAAAUAAUGUUCAGAUUGUCAACUGUCAUGUGACCCUUACUGUCAACUGUGUUACCUUUUGUACAAUUUUUUUUAAUAUUGUCAGUGACUUAAAUUGACUUGAAAAUGCUGCUUCAAUCAUGCUAAAAAGUGCAUUUUAUAUCCCCACAGGUAGGACUUUUGCAUAACGAUCUCAAAAGUAUGAAACUGAUCUAUACUGUAGAUUUAUAAUAAAACAUGUUGCUUUACCUACUGAUACUGAUACCCAUGAUGAGAAUAUCAGUUCAUCAAAAUCUUUUAACAUCUGUGUCACAAGACCCUGUAGAUGCAUUCCUUGAUAUGUAACAGUAAAGUAUACUGCUAUUUCCUCCAUAUCCACAUUGAUGUCUAUGUAAGAGAAAGUAUAUUGAGGCUUUGAAAUACAUUAUGGAUUAUUUCUAAAUGCUUGAUUACUUGCAGUAGAGAACACUUGUUUCCUUUAUGCUGCUGUCUUUAGACUGUUUGGCCAGGAUGUGGCUACAUAAGGAUCCAGUACGUCAUCUGUUGCAACUCAAACAGCGACUAACAGAAGUUUAUCUUGGAUGCCAGAAGUUUUUUCUUCUUCUUCUUUUUCUGACGUCCAUGUUAUGACACAUUUUUACAAUAUUCACACUAUUAAACCACCAACAUGGAAAUAUGACACACUAAAUCAUGAUAUUUAUUUAUUUAUUUAUUUAUGAAUGAUUGAUUGAUUGAACGAAAGAAAGAAAGAUAUUUUUGUACUCUGGCUGCAGUAGGGAAAUAUUUAUUGUUGGAUGAAAUGGCACAAAAGGUUUGGAGAAAAUUGAUCUAAUUUAUCUGAAUCAAUGUAUUGUUUCAAAAUCAUACAAUCAUGUCUAUAUAAACAGUGCUUUAUUUAUUUGUUACUUCAGUCACAUGUCUUGGUCAAGUGUUGCUUAUUCUGUUCUGUUAUGAGGGGUAAAUAUCUCAAUAAAAUGUCAAAUUUGU